AUGAAAGGCGCACUGCUUUUCCUGGCUCCCCUCGUGGGAGCCGCCGUCCUGGGAUCGACAUCUCAGCUUGACCAUUGUCCUGGCUACAAGGCUUCCAAUGUGAAGCAGUUGGGCCAGACAUUGACUGCUGACCUUAGUCUUGCUGGAGAUGCCUGCAAUACCUAUGGCACUGAUCUUCCAAACCUGAAGCUCCUCGUGGAGGCUCAAACUGAAACCCGUCUCCAUGUCAUCAUCUAUGAUGCCGAUGAGGAGGUCUACCAAGUUCCAGAAUCUGUUCUCCCCAGACCCUCGAGCGCAAAAGGUCACCAAAAGGAGCCCGCUCUUCGCUUCGACUUCGAAGAGAAACCUUUCUCAUUCCGCGUUCUGCGUGGGGACGAAGUUCUCUUCGACACUACUGAUACAAAGAUCAUCUUCCAGUCCCAGUACUUGAACUUGCGCACUUGGCUCCCCACUGAUCCUAACCUGUAUGGUCUGGGUGAACACAGCGAUUCGCUGCGUCUACCUACCACAAACUAUACUCGCACGAUCUGGAACCGUGACGCAUAUGGCAUCCCCUCCAACACGAACCUUUACGGUACUCAUCCUGUCUACGUUGAUCACCGCGGAGAGAAUGGUACUCAUGGGGUGUUCUUCUUGAAUUCGGAUGGAAUGGAUAUCAAGAUUGACAGGACUGCUGAUGGCAAACAAUACCUCGAGUACAACACCAUCGGCGGAGUCCUUGACUUCUACUUCAUGGCCGGUCCUACUCCCAAGGAAGUGAGCGAGCAGUACUCGGAGGUCGUUGGCCUUCCUGCUAUGCAAAGCUACUGGACGUUUGGAUUUCACAACUGUCGGUAUGGUUACCAGGAUGUAUUUGAUGUCGCCGAGGCAGUUUACAACUACAGCCGUGCCGGAAUCCCACUCGAGACCAUGUGGACCGACAUCGACUACAUGAGUGGUCGAAAGGUAUUUACUCUAGACGAUGAGCGGUUCCCUCUAGAGAAGAUGCGCGAGUUGGUUUCGUACCUUCACAAGAACGACCAGCACUAUAUUGUCAUGGUCGAUCCGGCCGUCAGUGCCUCUGAUAAUGGUGCUUACAAACGAGGUCACGACGAGGGUGUCUUCCUGUACCGUGACGACGAGCGUAGCGAACUCUACAAAGGCGUCGUCUGGCCUGGCCCAACCGUCUACCCAGACUGGUUCAACGAAGACACCCAGAAAUACUGGAACUCGGAAUUCAAGCGAUUCUUCAACCCCAAAGACGGUGUCGACAUCGACGGUCUCUGGAUCGACAUGAACGAAGCUUCCAAUUUCUGCCCAUACCCCUGCACGAGCCCAGAACAGUUUACCAAGGAUGACGACUUACCCCCUGCGCCUCCGGCAGUCCGAUCGCCUCCCCGCCAGAUCCCCGGUUUCCCGGCUGAUUUCCAGCCUGGGUCUUCCUCCUCUGGGGCUUCUCUGUCGCAGCGUGUGAAGAGAGGUGAUGUUGCUGUCGAGAAACGUAGCAUCAACGAGAAACGGAGCCAGGGUGGAAAGGGACAAAAGACUGGCUUGUCUGGUCGCGACCUCAUUAACCCGCUCUAUCAGAUCGCAAACGAGGCUGGCUCGAUUAGCAACAAGACCAUUGAUACUGAUCUCAUUCAUGCUGGCGAGGGUUACGCCGAGUACGACACACACAAUCUUUAUGGAACUAUGAUGAGCUCGGCUUCCCGCGAGGCAAUGUUGAAGCGUCGACCCCAGGUGCGACCUUUGAUCAUCACGCGUAGCACCUUUGCCGGAGCAGGCUCCCACGUCGGCCAUUGGCUCGGCGACAACUUGAGCCAAUGGGAUAAACUGCGCGUGUCCAUCCCGCAGAUGCUAGCCUUCGCCUCGAUUUACCAAGUCCCAAUGGUCGGCAGCGACGUCUGCGGCUUCGGCGGAGACACGACGGAAGAGCUUUGCGCGCGCUGGGCCAUGCUCGGCGCCUUCUCUCCGUUCUACCGGAACCACAACUCGCUCGGCAACCUGGCCCAGGAAUUCUACCGCUGGCCCGUUGUCACCGAGGCCGCGAAGAAGAUCAUCGAUAUCAGAUACCGUCUGCUCGAUUACCUCUACACUUCGUUCCACCAGCAGACCUUGACGGGUAGCCCGUUCCUCCAGCCGCUCUUCUACGUCUACCCGGAGGACAGCAAGACCUUUGGCAACGAGCUGCAGUUCUUCUUCGGUGAUUCCAUUCUCGUCUCGCCUGUCUUGGAUGAAGGCGCCAACUCGGUCGAUGCCUAUUUCCCCAAGGAUCUGUUCUACGAUUGGUUUACCGGUCUUGCGGUGCAGGGCGAUGGAUCCGUCAAGACGAUUACCGAUCUCGCGGUUACCGAUAUCCCGAUCCACAUCCGUGGCGGGAGCAUCAUCCCCCUCCGUACGGAGAGUGCCAAGACCACGACGGAACUGCGCAAGCGCGGCUUUGAGAUUCUCAUUGCGCCUGGUGCGGAUGGAUCCGCGGCGGGUGAGCUGUACCUUGAUGAUGGCGAGUCGAUCGAACCGGCUAGUGCUGCAGAGAUUCAGUUCCAGUACAAGAAUGGCAAGCUCAAGAUCCUGGGCCGGUUCGGGUAUCACCCUAAUGUGGUUAUUGAGGCUGUUACUCUGCUCGGACAGAAGAAUAAGCGUCGCGACGUUGAAUACGAUGCUCAGAGACAGAGCAUUACAAAGAAGGUCGACAUCAAGUUGACUGGACCUGCUGAGGUGACUUUGUGA